GACGCCUCGCAAAGAGAGGAGGCCUAGCAUGUUCGAGAAGGAGGCAGUGAGUGCGAAGACGGGGCACGGGCCGCCCUCUGGGCUGCAGGACUCGCCGGCCUUUGUGAUGUAGACCGUGGAGCACUGCGUGGACCAAAACAGCUGUUUCAGUUCUCUUCAGAUUUACUCAGCUCAGGUUUCCCGAGAGAAACUUUUUCCAGAAAUGCGUAAUUUUAGUGUGUUUAAUGUCAUUACUCAAACCAGAGGGCAGAUUUACUAACCAGAAGCCAGUAUAUGUGUGCCUUAAAACAAUAUUUGAAUAUACCAAGCAGAACAAUGAGAUGUUUUGAGUUUUUGUUAACAGCAGCAGUCUCAGUAUUUGAAGAACAUGAAAAAGAGAGUGUUAAAUUGAAAAUAAUUCUGCCCAUUAACUUACUAUCUGAAAUGAAUGGAUAAUGUCAUUCAGUUUUAUUGGUGAUACAGCACCAGAUUUCUAUGUGACCAUAAUCUGGAAACCAUUAGUGAUCAAUACUCCAUAUUUUAUUGAGACUUUUAAGAGAAAAUAAUUUAUCCAAGGGUACAGAAUUGUAGUAAUAGAGCUGGGACUCCUGGUCCACUUGUCUGUAACUCUUUUCAUGCCUACUUAAUGGGACCCAUAAUCAACAGGAUGGAGGAGAGAGAAUUUUUGAAGAUCUUGAUUCCCUCCACACCCCCACCCCCCCAAAAAGUCUUGGUAACGUUUCAGGUUCUAAUGACUGCUCUUUGCUGUCUCCGUUUUAGAGGAAAGAGAAACAAAAGGAGAAAAAGUAAGGGCACGUUCACACAACUGAGAGCACAGCAAGGCUGACUGCUUAAUGUGUUGGACUUAAAACUCAUGCUCCCAGAAACCAUAUUGUAUUAUGCACAAAUUUUAAGAGAAAGACUGAGAGAAUCAAUUCAUGAUGUUCAGUAUGUAGAGCCUCCAUUUGAUGACUCAAUUGCUGAUCUAGGUAAAGAAUGGAAGAGUGCCCUGGCAAAACUAAAGUUUGCUAAUUCAUAUAGAAUGGAGCCAUUGAAAAAAUUCCAGGCUCAUUCAGUACAAACAAAAGUCCAGCAGAUACUAAAGGAAAGUCUUCAAGAUGUCAAAUAUGACGACAAAGUCUUUUCUCAUUUGUCACUUGAAUUAGCAGACCGCAUAUUGUCAUCAGUCAAAGAAUUUGGAUACCACCGUUAUAAGUUCAUUAUAAAAGUAUUAUUUAUUCAAAAGACAGGUCAGGCAAUCAAUAUUGCCAGCAGAUGGAUCUGGGAUGUGGCGUGGGACAGCUGGGUUUCCGCGAAGCAUGAGACAGAAACUUACGUGGCGUUGGUCUUAGUAUUCGCUCUCUACUGUGAAUAGCUUGUUCCAUGGACCAAAGAGUGCUUACUUCUAAACUUUCCUAAAAUACAUGAAAAUUUAUAGACUUGUGAACUUCAUGGUAGUUUUGAUGAACUAUAUUCUUGUAUCUCCAAUUGAAGCUUCUUAAUUGUAUUCUUUUAACAACAAACAAGUAAAAGCUGGAUUUUUACCUUUA